AUGAAGCUGACUGUGGUCUUUCUGAUGGCUGUCUUGGCUCUAUGUAGUAGCUCAGCUUUUGCCUUCUUCAAAGAUUUUCUAGCCAAACCCCCUGUCCAACCUGCUGAGAUCCAGAACUCCAUUGUCAAGCCUGUGGUGGAGUCAGUCCCUAAACCCAGCUUUAGCAACUUCAGUCUGCUCAGGUUAAUCCUGAGAAGCCUGGGGAUUCCAGUGGACCACCUGGUGGAAGGAUCCAAAAAGUGUGUGGAGGAGCUGGGAUCUGAGUCUGUGGAAGCCGUGAAGACCUUGCUGGGAGCCCUGACGUAUUUUGGUUGA